AUGCCGUUCUCGACCGACUCCUCGGCACAGCCGCCGGUGCCCAUCUCCAUCACGAUAUGCGGCGACGGGGGGUGCGGUAAAUCCUCCAUCACGUUGCGCCUGGUGCGCUCGCAGUGGACCUCGGAGUACGACCCGACGAUCGAGGACAGCUACAGCAUCACGCGGCGGAUCGACGGCGCGAGCUACCACCUGAGCCUGACCGACACGGCCGGCCAGGAGGAGUACCGCGGCAUGUGGGCGUCCUCGAACCUCGGCGCCGACGCCUUCCUGCUCGUCUACGACAUCACCGCCGCCGACAGCCUGGACGCCCUGGGCUACUUCAACGACCUCAUCGACAUGGAGGCCGAGACGCGGCUCGACAACGCCAGCAGGGCGCAGAAGGCCGGCCUGUCGCCCAGCGGGGCGGGCGGCGAGGGCAACAGGAUGAUACCGCCCGUCAAGAUCGUCGCCGGGAACAAAUGCGACCUGCAGGAGUCCAGACAUGUGCCGGCGUCACAGGGCCUGGACUGGGCGCGGAAACGCGGCUGUGGCUUCAUGGAGACGAGUGCCAGGCUGGAGGUCAAUAUCGAAGAAACGUUUGCAUUGAUAGUGCGGAGAGUGGUCGAGGCUCGGAGACUCGCCGAGAUGGGUGUCCUGAAUACGGCAGAAAUGGACCGAAGAGGAGUCACCAAGCCGUUGACGCCAUUGGGAAGCGAAAAGGAUAACGAUAAUGAGAAGAGGGACAUGGGUGCAAGAGGACCACGAGCGGGCCAAAACGAUCAAAUGGGUAAAGGGAAGAGCGGGUUCUGGAAGAGCCUGAGGUGUUGGUAA